CACAAUGGCGCCACGAUGGACAUCGUUCGCCGCCGCUCUGUCGGCGAUUCUACUCUAUGGCAUUGACGCGUCCUCUAAUGCAGCGGUCCUGUACCCGAACCGAAUGGAAACGCGCCAAGUAAUUUACCCCAACCAACCUGUAAUAUUUGAGCUCCGAACAGACCCCGACAUGUCAUACGAAGUGAAGCUGUCAUACCGAGCGACAACGCCGAGCAAGUUUACACUACGUAUCCUCGACUCAAGCGAAUCAUUGCACCGAGACCGUGCACACUACACGAACAUGCGACGCAUGUUAAACACCGAAAAAACGUUUGUCCGCGGCGUUGCUGGCGAAGUUGCGUUCGUGGAGGUCUCAAUGCAAGUCGAAGGUGUUUCCUACAUCCUAACACAAGCAGAGUUGGAUGCCCGGCGGACGGAGUUUGACAUCCUUCUCGAAGAGGUCGUGCUAAAAGUCUUGCCCCGAAGCGCAGUCCCAUUGAUUGUUGUUGCCAUCGCUUUGCUGUCGUUCAUGCUGGUGUGCAUCUAUCCGCGUGUCAUGUCCCUCCUGUCUCCAGUUGGCGACAUAACGAAAUCCCAUUGAGCGUACACAA